AUGCCUCAAUCAGAGCAGGUUCCAGGUCGGUAUCAGGCACUCGAGCAACCAACCAAACCCGGUAGUCUCUCAUUGAAGACAGUGGGCGAAGAUGUCGAUUUCGAGUUUCAAUUCCAAGUUAUCAGACCAAACACCUUCAGAGUGGCUUACACGUCAGAAACACAUCCACUACCACCACAUCCUUCUGUGCCACGACUUGAGCCUGAGAUCUCCAAAUCCGAGGUACAAACCACAAGCACGGACAGCUCUUAUAUAAUCGAGAUUGGCGACAUUGUAGCUUCCGUUGACUGGAAAGAUGCACCGAUUUUGUCGUUGAAAUGGCGUGGAUCGGAGGAGGAAUUGCAUUCUGACCUUCCUUAUCGUUCAUAUGCUGUGGAUGGACCAGGUAUUGCACAUCACACACGACACGACAGAAAUGCGUUACAUGUCGGCCUCGGCGAGGUUGCGGCGCCAAUGGAUUUAACAGCACGAAGCUUCAAGGUAGAUGCUACGGAUUGCUUUGGGUAUGAAGCCUACCUCACGAAUCCAAUGUACAAGCACAUGCCAUACCUUGUCAAAGCAACACCCAAAGGUUGUGUGGCGCUGAUUUCGAGCUCAUACUCAAGAGCAUCUUGGUCGGUUGGUGGUGAGAUAGAUGGACUUUGGGGUCAUUACAAAGUCUACAGACAGGAUUACGGCGGCCUUGAGGAGUAUCUUCUGGUCGGCAGAACCUUGAAGGACAUCCUCAAAAGCUAUGCAGAACUGAUCGGCUUUCCUCUGCUAGCGCCACGCUGGGCCUAUGGUUACCUAAGUGGCGGCUACAAAUAUACGAUGGGAGACGAUCCGCCAGCUUACCAGCAACUCUUGGAUUCGCAGACAAGCUCAAGGAGCACGACAUCCCAUAUGAGCUCAGGCUAUUCGAUAGCCGAACACGUCCCAAAAGUGCGAAACGUAUUCACGUGGAACAAUCAUCGAUUUCCCGACCCUGAAGGCUUCGCGAAGAGAUACAACUCCCUAGGCAUAAGGUUGCUGACCAACAUCAAACCAUUCGUACUCGCAUCACAUCCGAACUACAACGAUUUGGAUUCUGCCAAAGGUCUGUUCACUGAUCCAAAGACAAACAAGACUGCACAGGUGAGGCUAUGGAGCGCUGGAGGUGGUGAAAGUGACGUAGGCAGUCAUCUCGAUUUCACUUCACCAGCAACCUAUAGCUGGUGGCGGGAAGGUGUGCACAAACUUCGGAAGCAAGGUAUUUCUGCAAUGUGGAAUGACAACAACGAAUAUGUGAUACCUCAAGACAAGUGGCAGAUGUCUCUGAAGACAACUAACAACAUUGGUGUCAAGAACGAGAUCGGUCUUUGGGGCAGAGCUAUGCAGACUGAGCUGAUGGGCCGUGCAUCUUACGAAGGUUUGUUGCAAGCCGAGCCGAAUGUUCGUCCGUUUGUCUUGACUAGAAGUGCUGGCAUUGGCACGCUCAGGUACUGCUGUAGCUCUUGGGCGGGCGAUAAUACGACAUCUUGGGAAUCUAUGAAAGGUGCUAAUGCGCUAUCUCUCACUGCCGGGUUAAGCCUCAUGCAUCAGUACGGACAUGAUAUCGGUGGUUUUGAAGGACCACAACCUUCGCCUGAGCUUCUACUGAGAUGGAUUCAGCUUGGCAUAUAUGGAUCAAGAUUUGCUAUCAACUGCUUCAAGACGUCGCCGCAAGACAAUACGAACGGAGAGGUGAUUGAGCCAUGGAUGUAUCCCGAAAUCACUCCUCUGGUCCGUAAAGCAAUCAAGAGAAGAUAUGAGAUCAUGCCAUACAUCUAUUCUCUUGGGUUAGAGAGCCAUCUCGAGGCUUCACCUCCUCAGCGCUGGAUAGGCUGGGGCUACGAAAGUGAUCCAGAAGUCUGGACAAAGCAACUCAAGCGUGGAGAAGAGCAGUAUUGGUUUGGUGAUUCGCUACUUGUUGGCGGAGUGUACGAACCAGGUGUUUCAGAAGCGAAGAUGUACCUGCCUCGAAAGACAGGUCCUGAUUUCGACUUUGGCUAUGUCAACCUGAAUUCACCUUAUCAGUAUUUCGCACCCGGCCAAUGGGUCACAGUCACGUCACCAUGGCAAGACCAUAUCCCAGUCUUUGCGAAGAUCGGCGGAGCUGUCCAGGUUGGCAAAAGUGUGCAAACACGCAUGCCCGCAGACGUUGAUCCAGCUUACAAGAGUUCGGAGGAAGAUGACUAUCGUGGCAUUGAGAUCUUUCCUCCCAAGAGCAGUUCACAUGGUAUCUCGUUCUCGAACUCAUGGUAUGAAGACGAUGGUCUAUCUUUGAAGCCAGAUAUCUUGAAGUUCACCAUCGAGUAUAGUUCCAGAGAGGAAGAAAUUGCGUUUGGGCUGAGCUCAAGAGCAGGUGACAGGUUCGUGCCGGGUUGGAAGUCAGUUGUGAUCAUUCUGCCACAUGGUGACAAGCGCCGUGUUGUAUCCAUGAAGGGAGAGCAAGUGGACAAGCUCGAGGAUGACGAGGUUGGUCGUUGCAGGUUUCAGUUUUCGAAGAUGACAGUAGAACCUGUGGAGCCAGUGGUUAAUGGCUACCACUGA